GCGUUACGACCCUCACGAUAGCGAGGGCGUUGCUGCCAGCUCAAGAUAUGUCAAGGUGAAGAGAACCGAAGACGGGAUAGCCAAGGUCGAACGCAACAAGGAACGUUUCGAACAGCUGGCAGCACUCGUGAAGGCGGACAGACGGGACUGGGGCUCUGGGUACUUAAAGGAGCCCUUCCGUCUGCGCAUCACCCAACCGGGCUGCGAGUUCGACGGUUACAUCGGGCCCAACACCACCACCAACUUCAAGCGUCGCGCGUGGAAGGAAACGCACGAGGACAAGUUGCUGCGCGAGGAGCUCUGCCAGCGGCUCCGCCAGUGGCACGGUAGUGCACUGACGUCGGGCUAUGGCGACGUGCGCGAGCAGGUCACGAAGAUCGACGAAAGCGUCCGCACCGCACGCGAGAUCGGCGCCUCCGAGUUUGCGGUAGAGAAUGAACUACUCCGGGCUAUCGAGGGCAUCUGGACAGAGCAGUUCGUCCCGGGCUCCGACGUGCGUGCAGAGGCGUACAAGAUUCAUCUCUAUGGACCGGGCGGCCACUUUAAGAUGCACCGCGACACCCCACAGAAGGAUUUGGUUGGCACGUUCCUCAUAGGAUUGGGCGAUACGGCAUUUUCGGGUGGCCUCGUGGUCAACGGCGAGACCAUGGAGGCACGACCGGGAUCGUGGUGCGCGUUCUACCCGGACGUGCCCCACUACGUGAAAGAACUGGGAGCGGAUGGCUACCGCGCAAGCAUCGCCUUCAAGAUCUUCCGUGCCCCAACCCCCCUUUGGAGAAGCAACCGUCAGUCGGAGAAGACUGAGCAAGUACGUCAGCGGAUCGCAGAUAUCGUGGCUGAGGUAGAGGCGCCAUUUGGCCUCCUUCUCGAACACAAGUACUCCCUGGGCACGGACGAGUUCAGCGGCUUCGACGCUCUUAUUGUGGGCGCGAUACGGUCGCGGUUCUCAGGACCUGGGUUCGAAGUACGUCACAUCCCCGUCGUGGUGGAAGAGCACGCUAGAUGGGGGGACGAGGACGAGGAGGACGAAUUCUCCAUGAUGUGCGACACGACCGUUUACCCCUUCACCGCCUGCCACAUCGACUUCCUCAACGAGGACGUGUCCGAGAAGGACAUACUCGACGGGUCUGAGUGGCUGGAUGGUGUCAAGAACGUCCCGUUCUAUUCCGUCGACCUCUCGGAUCGGACGAUGUUCCCCUACAAGGAGGAGGAGAAGGAGACGGUCAAUCACACCGGGAACGAGGCACAAGCAUGGAGGGCCGAUAGCGUAUAUUUGUCGUACGCGUUGAUGGUGUUGCCCAAGGCCGAGAAGGAUACGGUGGAGGCGGCGGCGGCAUCAGCUUGA